GAGCAGCUCCUGGUAGAACAAGAAGCUUCCUUUGAAGGUAACGUUCAUUGCUUUUUGCGUCUCUAUUUCCACUGCUUCCUCUUAAUUUCAUCGCCAUGGGAAGCAUUGAUCUAAACUCAAAGCCCCAUGUAGUAUUACUAUCAAGUCCUGGCUUGGGACACCUCAUCCCAGUUCUCGAACUGGGAAAACGCAUAGUUACACUCUGCAACUUCGAUGUGACUAUAUUCAUGGUGGGUUCCGACACAUCAGCCGCUGAACCUCAAGUUCUCCGAUCAGCCAUGACUCCAAAACUCUGCGAAAUCAUCCAACUCCCACCACCUAACAUUUCCUGCCUGAUCGACCCAGAAGCCACCGUAUGUACCCGUCUUUUUGUUUUGAUGAGAGAAAUCAGGCCAGCUUUCUGGGCGGCAGUAUCCGCUCUCAAGUUUCGACCGGCAGCCAUAAUUGUCGACCUCUUUGGAACUGAAUCUCUGGAGGUAGCUAAAGAACUUGGCAUCGCAAAAUAUGUGUACAUAGCUUCUAAUGCAUGGUUUUUAGCUCUUACUAUAUAUGUACCGAUUCUAGAUAAAGAGGUGGAAGGAGAGUUUGUUCUUCAGAAGGAGCCCAUGAAAAUUCCUGGUUGCAGGCCGGUUCGACCGGAAGAGGUAGUCGAUCCCAUGCUGGACCGAACCAAUCAACAAUAUUCCGAGUAUUUUCGCUUAGGUAUCGAGAUCCCGACAGCUGACGGUAUAUUAAUGAACACGUGGGAAGCUCUUGAACCAACAACAUUCGGAGCUUUGAGAGAUGUGAAGUUCCUGGGCCGAGUAGCUAAGGUACCGGUUUUUCCGAUUGGUCCUCUGAGGAGACAGGCCGGACCGUGCGGUUCAAAUUGUGAGUUACUCGAUUGGUUAGACCAACAACCCAAAGAGUCGGUGGUUUAUGUGUCGUUUGGGAGUGGUGGGACUCUGUCAUUGGAGCAAAUGAUCGAGCUUGCUUGGGGCCUUGAGCGGAGCCAGCAGAGGUUUAUUUGGGUGGUUCGCCAACCCACCGUAAAGACAGGAGAUGCAGCAUUUUUUACUCAAGGGGACGGUGCAGAUGACAUGUCAGGGUACUUCCCUGAGGGGUUCCUGACCAGGAUUCAGAACGUGGGGUUGGUGGUCCCACAAUGGAGCCCACAAAUUCACAUCAUGAGCCAUCCAUCAGUGGGAGUAUUUUUAUCACACUGUGGUUGGAAUUCUGUAUUGGAGAGCAUCACAGCAGGAGUGCCCAUUAUUGCGUGGCCAAUAUAUGCUGAGCAGAGGAUGAAUGCGACGCUGUUGACGGAGGAGCUAGGCGUUGCAGUGAGGCCAAAGAAUUUACCGGCGAAAGAAGUAGUGAAGAGGGAGGAGAUAGAGAGGAUGAUUAGAAGGAUUAUGGUAGAUGAAGAAGGAAGUGAAAUAAGAAAGAGAGUUAGAGAACUUAAAGACAGUGGAGAGAAGGCUUUAAAUGAAGGCGGUUCCUCGUUUAAUUACAUGUCUGCAUUGGGUAAUGAGUGGGAGAAAAGCUGGAAAACGCAGAGCUCGGAGACGAUCACUGUGGUAGUAGGAGAAGACAAAUGAAAUGAGGUGAUUCUCAAGAAUAAGAACUUCAUUAAAAACGUCAUAAGAUUAGUCUAUUUCUAUCAUUGAUCUGUCUAUGUUUUCUUAUAGAAAAAUAUAAAGCAGAGUGUGGAUUAAUUAAUUAAAUUGUAUGCUGGAUUUUCUUU